UGUGUUUCCCUCCAGUUUUGAUCGUUGCCUUGAUUUGUCUCACCUGUUUGUCUCUGUCGAGUCCUCGGUUCUGUCUCUGCCAGCUUCCACUUCCUUAUCCUGCCAGUUUGAGUUUAUCUUUCUGUUUCCUGCCGGGCCUGCCCCAUAUUUCAUGUUUUAAAACAAAUCCAGUUUUUGGUGAAUUGGACCUGCCUCCUGCAUUUGGGUCCAGCUGCUCUCCCCACCUCACGUGACAGCGCACCACCAUAACAAGUGGUGAGAGUCCAGUGACGGAUCAUCAUGGCCUCUCUUGGUGCUCUGUCGCUGCUGGGCUUCAAGCGGCUGUCUGUUUACCUGGAGGACUGCAUGAAGGCUCCGGCUGACCUGAGAGCAGCUGCACAGCAGGAACCAGAGGGGUCGUCAGACGACGUGUCCGUCCUCAUUCUGAAGGAUCUCUCCGUCUGCCUGGUCGACUGUACGCAAACCUCUGGGCUGAACGCUCAGAUCAAGCAUCAGGCCGCAGAGCAGAGUUACCCCAGCAUUGAGGUCGAGUUGGAAGAGGACGACGAGCAGCUGAAGGCCGACGCCAAGAUAAACGUAAUAAAGUUGGAGCCUAAUCAGCAGCUACAGUGGCGCCGGUCAGAGCUUGGUGCAGAGAUCAGUUUAUACAAAGAAGACGCAGCGUGUGAUGACAGAGACUCAAACACAAAGGGAAAUAAUCCUGGAGAAAUCGACCAACUCCAGCUGAGUCACACAGCAGCUGCUGGGACACUGUCAGUGCGUCAGGAAGAUGGCGUCUCAGACUUACAGAACCAUAAACUAUCCGAGUCUCUGAAAUCAUCUGAGCUGAGCGAUUUGGAGGCUCGUCAGGAGGAAGCAGGCUGCUCAGAUCGGAGAAAUGUCUCAUCAGCAAACAUCACCACACCAGAGCAACAGGACACUGGAGACGUGGACACUGGCUGUGGAGAGAAGAACCUGCAAGAGAGUGCGUCUGAACCACGGUCGCACCGCUGCAAGGAUUGUGGGAAAUCCUUCGCAGGGAGACGCAACGUCCUCAGACACCAGCGGCAUCAUUGCAGCGUGUUGGUCCGAACGCCGAUUCGCUCAGAAGAGACGCAGCCGGAGACGUUUCCAUGCAGCAAAUGCAGCCGGACGUUUCGGACUAAGCAACACUUGGGGCUUCAUGAGAAAGCUCACAAAGAAAACCAGGAGGGAAAAGAUGCUCGGCGAGAAAGAUGUCACAGCUGCUCACAGUGCAGCAAGAGCUUCUACUUGCUGCAAACCCUGCGGCAGCACCUGCUCACCCACAGCGGAGAGAAAUCCUUCAGCUGCACCAUCUGUGGGAAGCAGUUUGGGAGAGAAGGAACUCUGAGGGAGCACCAGCUGAUCCACACCCGGGAGAAAACGUUCACAUGUGAGCAGUGUGGCAAGACGUUCGCCAGAAGAGGAGAUCUCAGAAAACACAUGGUCAGUCACUCUGACGAGAGGCCGUUCAGCUGCAGCUUCUGCGCCAAGAGCUUCAAGCUGGUGUCGAAGCUGAAGCAGCACGAGCGUCUCCACACGGGGGAGAAGCCGUACCAGUGCUCGCUGUGCUCGAAGAGAUUCAGAAUCCACGUUUCGCUGGCGGUGCACCACCUCACACACACGGGAGAGAAGCCCUUCAAGUGCACCAUGUGUCCGAAGGCCUUCAGCGACCGGAACAACCUGAGGAAGCACCAGAUGAUUCACUCCGGAGAGAAGCCGUACAGCUGCUCGCACUGCGGCAAGAGCUGCCGCCUGCUGCAGCACCUGAUCAUCCACCAGCGCAGCCACACGGGCGAGAAACCGUUCACGUGCGACCAGUGCGGGAAAGGAUACGCCCGUCUGUCCACUCUGAAAACACACCAGUCCGUCCACGCGGACAAACCGCUGCGCUGCUCCCUGUGCGGGCAGGAAUUCAAGGGUCUGCCGGAGCUGACUGAUCACGAGUGCAAGGAGACGGCUGAGAAGCCGCACCGCUGCUCGCAGUGCGGCAAAUGCUUCACCCAGGCCGUGAACCUGAAGAAGCACCAGCUGAUCCACUCCGGACAGAAACCAUACGACUGCAAACAGUGCGGGAAGCAGUUCAACCACAGGAGCAACCUCACGAAACACAUGCGCAUCCACACGGGAGAGAGGCCGUUCAAGUGUGAGCUCUGUGGGCGGAGCUUCAGGCUCCUGCAGCAUCUCACUAACCACCGAGCAACUCACAACAAGAAGCAGACGCACCAACAGACCUCGUGACGGCAGCAGGUUGUCUUUGUUUAACACGUUCACACCUGAUGUAACAUGUGAGUGGAUAAACCUUUAAGACCGGCUGUGACGUUUGAGUGCUUCGCCUGUUUGAGCCGGAUGUGAUGUUAUCGUUUUCAGGGCAUGUGACUAAAUUGUUUGUGAUUCGCUGGAAUAACUUUAAUCAAGCUGCUGGUUGAAGGUCAGAAAAGUUGAUUUAACAAAAGAAAUCCAACAACUGGCUCAUUGGCUCCUUUUAAACUCAUGAAUCACUGUUUGUUAUUUUCAUUAGUCACCAGAGCUUUAAAAGGACGAGGUCAUCAUGAUUUGACACAGAAUGAUCCAAACCCUCUUCUCUCAGUCCAGCUGGUACAUGUGUGAAAUUCACAUUUGGCCAGUCCGAUGUUUAUUGAUCCAUUUUCACAGAUUAUAAGAAUUUUCAGUGUCGGAGAAAUUCAUCACUAUUGUUUCUCUUGUUUUUCAAUGAGUAACAAUGUCAAACAUGUAAAAUGAUGAAAUCCAGUUUUAAAUGUAAACGGAUCAACAGAUUAAACUGUUCAUUUAAAUUUUACAUUAAAUGAAUUCUUGUAUAUACAAGAAAAAGAGCAUUGACCUCUGUACCAUGCUGAUGAUUCAUGUGUAAUAAGUGUUUUUACCACUAGGUGCUGCUGCUGCCGUCUGAUCAACUGUCUCCAGCUCAUCACAUCCAAACUGUGGACGUCCCUCAA